AUGAAUUAGACUGCAACAUUCAGUAAAUUGAACGAGACGUGAUUAUGCGCCUGGUAGACUAGACUCUUGUUGCCUGCGCAAACUACGACGACUAGAGAGUCUCUUGAAGUGAUCAAGGCGUCUGGUUGAACGAGACUAUGCGUCUGGUUUAACGCGACUAGUAGGAGUAGUAAUGGAUGGAUUUUGACGUCAGCACAGUUUAUUUCUGAUCAUGCAGAUGAACUACAUCGAAGACCUGAGAUCAUGAUCAUCUGCCAAAAACAUGGUAUUCAAGGUUGCUGAUUCCACACCGAGUUUGAUGAUGUUUUCAACCCCUCCAUUGCCAAGUAUAACGGUGCGAGUGGACCUUUCGAAGCAUUUCUAAUAGAUAAUGAUCUUUCGAUCCAUGUGCGACAUGUGUGUGAAAGUGACGAUUUGUUUCUAAAAUAUCAGGUUGAACUGCGCUCCGGGCACGGGUCGCAUUUUCCCGCAUAUUAUAGAGGGCCGGAGUUCUGACGUUAAUCGACGGCAGACCGAUAUGAAAAAAGUCGAUUAAACGUCAGAAUAAUUCGGACUACAGCUGGAAAAGAAUCGAGGGAGAAAGUAGUAUGGUCAGAUGACCUCAUUAACUCUUUUAACCGCACUAAACAUGCCUUGGGCAGUAAUAAGAUCAUAUCUCUACCUCAGCCUGGUGACUCGCUAUGGAUCGUGACCGACGGCUCUGUCAAAAGCAGAGGAAUAGGAGCCACUCUUUACAUCCUCAAGAACGGCAAACUCCUGUUGACCGGCAUCUUCAAUGCAGAAACAUCAAGUAUUAUGGCUACCCUGCGAGAUAGAGGCCUUGGGCAUUGGAGCUGCCAUAAAAAAAUAUCCCUACAUCAUCCAAGCCUCGAGUACUAAUCAGGUUCUGACGGACGGCAGACCAUGUGUCCAGGCUUAUGAAAAGCUGCAGCGGGGCGAGUUCUCUGCAAGUUCGAGGGUGACUUCCUUCCUAUCGAUCGUCAGUCGUUAUGCUAUACACGUUCGCCAUAUCGCAGGAAUCGCCAAUCUCCCAUCCGACUUUGCCAGCAGGAACCCCAUCGAAUGUCUCGACUCUUCAUGUCAGGUUUGCAAGUUUAUAGCAGAAAUGGAAGAUUCUGUCGUCCGCGAUGUAUCUGUGAAUGAUGUUCUUGAACUGACAAUCCACAUGCCGUUUACCAGCCGCGCCGCAUGGCUCGCAUCACAACAUAGGUGUCCAGACUUACGACGCGUUCACUCUCAACUCAGCCAAGGUACCCGUCCUUCUAAGAAGGCCACCAAGAUCCCUGAUGUCGAGCGCUACCUCAGGGACGUUGUUAUAGCUUCCAACGGCCUGCUUGUCGUUAGAGAAUCUCAACCGUUCCAACCUACACACGAACGUAUUGUUGUUCCACGCACGGCCCUUGAUGGGUUAUUGACAGCCUUUCAUAUCCGAUUCAGCCACCCGUAUAUGUAUAAAGUAUCUCUAGGAGUCGAAUAAAGUUUGAACACGGAA